AUGGAACAAACUUUACGUGCAAAUGCCACGACUCCUGCAAGGUUUCACACGUCACCUUGGAUCGCUGCACGUGUCGGCUCUAAACUCAACGACCGUCUUGUAGUGAAGGACGUAGCUCUGUGGAGAAGAAAGUCGCUAACUGCAACAAUUCUCAUCGGGGCAACAGCAACGUGGACGUUGUUGCAAGUGUAUCAAUUCCAUUUCGUCGCUGUUUUCUCGUGGCUGGUCAUGCUUCUUCUUGCUUCUGCCUUCCUCUGGGCCAAUAUGAUUAGGCUUUUUGGCAAGGCACCCCCGAACGUGUCGGAUUUGGAGUUGACUGAAGAAUCAGCUCUGCAAAUGGCGUACGUGGUUCGAGCAUGGAUCGAAGAAGGAAUAAGGUUUCUGUUUCGGGUGAGCGCACAAGAAGACUGGUCUCUGUUUUUAGGAGCCGUUGCGGGAUUGUUGUUACUUUCUUACGUUGGGAGCAAAAUGGAUCUGUUAACAUUGCUUUAUAUAGGUACACUGACGAGCACGACAGUUCCUGUAAUUUAUAACAAGAACCAGAAUAGGAUUAAGAGUUCGUUGGAGUGGUCGAGAGUGAAAUGCAAGAGGGCGUAUGAGACAUUUGAUGAGAGGGCCAUUCAGAAGAUCAAAAGCAGAGUAAUCAACGAGAAUGAGAUGAAGAGAGCGAAUGAAAAGAAAGUGGAGUAA